AUGCACAAUCACCUUCAGCAAAACUUACCAAAUCUACUGCUGACCACAUUUUUGUUACUAGAAGAAUGUCUAAGAGAUGACAAAUGGGAAAUCCCCCGUGAGAAGCUACACAUCUUUGCAGCCAUUGGAGAGGGUGCGUUUGGUGUUGUAAUGGAAGGAUCGUUAGAUACAGACGAAGGAGCUAUAAAAGUAGCCGUAAAGACCUUAAAGCCAGGCGCUGAUCGCUAUGACUAUAAAGACUUGAUGGCAGAACUGUCAAUCAUGAAGCAGGCCGGAAGUCACCCUAACAUCGUCAGCCUCUUGGGAGCAUGUUCUGUGGAAGGACCGCUGUACUUAGUGAUGGAGUUCGUUUCCGGCGGAAACCUGCUAUGUUUCCUUCGAAAAAGCAGGUGUCAACAUCCACAUUAUAUCAAUAUCACCUCGUCUCUCAACGAGCGAGAAUUGCUGAACAUUGCCAAAGACGUCGCUGAUGGAAUGAGUCAUCUGAGUAAUCUAAACAUAGUGCAUCGAGAUUUGGCUGCAAGGAAUAUUUUACUGACUGAAAACAAGAUUGCGAAAGUGACAGAUUUUGGACUUGCUCGAGACUUGCAAUCAGAGGGUGUUUAUACCAAAACUACGGCUGCGGGGAGACUCCCGGUGAAGUGGAUGGCACCUGAGUCCAUUCAAUUCCAUAUAUAUACUUCCAAGUCAGAUGUUUGGUCUUUUGGGGUGUUGCUAUGGGAAAUAAUCUCAAUUGGCCAGUGUCCUUACCCGGGAAUUCCAGCGCGACUGCUGAUGAGGAAGCUUGUGAUUGGUUAUCGCAUGCAGAAGCCCUCUCAGUGCUCCGAUGACAUGUACGAGGUUAUGAGAGCCUGCUGGCAACUGGAUGCGGGCGCAAGACCUACUUUUGCUGAGUUAGCAAAAAUCUUGCACGAGUUUUUAGCGCGGACUGGACGUGCAUACAUCAACUUAGAAGGAGCAGAUUCGUAUUUGGAGCAAAUUCCGACAGCUUCUUUUGAUUUGAGAAGCGAGUUUGAAAAAGAUGAAUCAGAAAGCAAUGAUUUUACCGAAGGUUCCGAUGAGCUGGAGCGUGCGCAGAUUGAAAACGAUGUGGGAAGACACUCUGAGAGUUCUGCACAUGCGUCAUUUCAAUUCCAGACUGAAACAAUCCAUUAUAUGAUAACGAAGUUUUAA